AUGGUGUUGGAGCUAGAAGAGGUGGAGGAGCGGAAAAGAAGAAGCGGGGGCCUAAGCAAAAGAAUCCAUAUAUACAAAGGGAUUCGUAUGAGGAAGUGGGGAAAGUGGGUAGCCGAGAUUCGUGAAACGAAUACUAGGCUCUGGCUCGGCUCUUACCAUACCCCGGUGGCUGCUGCUCGGCCUACGACGUGGCCCUCUUUUACUUGCGUGGCCCGGGAGUCAAGCUUAACUUCCCCGACUGCGUGGUUGGCGAUGGCCACCAUUGCCAACUCACGCCAAAGGAGAUUCAGAAUCGAGCCAGGGCAGUUGGAUAUAGGAUCGAUGCAACUCAGAGGGGGCUACAUAUAUGGUUCACUCAGAUGA